CCCUCUUUGGUAUAAAAAGGAACACAGUCAGCGAGACCGCACCGUAACAUAGUCUUUACAGUGAACUAGCUUUUGCAAUGGCAUCGCUCCAGAAACUGGUCAGAUUGGUAGGUCCCCGGCCUCUGGUGAGGAUGGCGGCACCUAGCCGCGGCUCCCACGCGGACCUGCGCAGCAACGCCGUGUAUUUUCGCGGCAUACUACGGGAAGACAGAGCGACGCUCUUCGCCUUUCUGGCUUUCCUCGGAAUAGCCAGUUCCACUGCAUACCUGGUUUACGACACGCAAGUCAACCAUAGUGAAGGGAUUGGAGGAUACUCCAAAAUAUGACUUCGUACUUUCAGCACUUCAACUUCGACUGUUUUUUUAAUUUUAUUCAUGUUCUCCGUUCCUCUUGUCGUAGUAAUACAUUGCAUACUUCUGUUGUACUGAUUGUGCUGUGUUCCUGUCAUUUGUGUUUGUAACUUGACAUAGUGUCCUGUAAUAUUGCAUUAUUGUUGGCUGA